AAAGUAUGGACUAGUCGAUGAUCAGUAAUUGGUAAUCCCGGUACUUGAAAAGUUUUAAUGAUUUUUCGUGAAGUGACUAAAUAUUUAACGAAACGAUAAGCUUAAUAGAAAAUAUAAUUUAUUAUUAAUUCAGUUUUGUUGUAGUACAGUCCUUUUAUAAUAAACUGCAAUGUAUCAUCAAGUGUGUUGAUAUUAUUUGUAUUUUGUUUAUUCUUAUUGACACUGAAAAUAGGCAGUUCCAUUUUGUCUUCCAUACCAGUCCCAUUACAGUAGAAAAAUGGAGAAUAAAUCAGAGGAAUUUAUCGCAAGGCCAUAUCAAAUAGACCUUUAUGAAAAAGCAUUGAAGUCGAAUACAAUUAUUUAUUUACCAACAGGUUCAGGAAAAACAUUUAUAGCAAUGAUGCUUCUUAAAAAAUUGAGUAUUGCUAUACAGAAACCUUACAGCCAAGGCGGUAAAAGAACAGUAUUUGCGGUCAAUACAGUACCUUUGGUGACACAACAAACUGAAUAUAUUGCAAGACAUACAAGAUUAUCAUGUAAAGGAUAUUGUGGUGAUAUGAAUGUUGAUUAUUGGACAAAAGAAACAUGGUUACAAGAGUUAGAAGAAUAUCAAGUUUUAGUGAUGACGAGUCAGAUACUUUUAGAUAUUAUAAUUCAUGGAUAUUUGCAUUUAAAUAGAAUUAAUUUGAUAAUUUUUGACGAAUGUCAUAGAGGAGUAAAUGAUCAUCCUAUGCGCCAAAUUAUGCAGCAAUUUGAACGAUGUGAAGCUUCAGAACAACCUAGAAUAUUAGCACUAUCUGCCACUCUACUUAAUUCUAAUGUAAAACUACAUAAUAUUAUAGAAUCAAUUAAGACUUUAGAAAUAACAUUUCAUUCAAAAAUAGCAACAGUAGAUAAUGUAAAAGGAUAUUGUACAAAUCCAAAAGAAGUUGUGGUUCGCUAUGAAACAUAUGCACAACCAGAAAGUUGGUGUAAGGCAAUAAUGUGUUUGAGAACUGUAGCAGGUUUAUUAAGUGUUGCAUGUAUUCCAUCUAAUCGUGACUUUAAUCAAUCAAGUAGGGAAUUUAAAAGAAAAUCUGUAAAUGUAAAACUUUUGAAUAUUAUAGAAGAUAUUAAAGAACAUGCUGAUAUAACAGGUUUAUAUGGUGUUAAUAAAUGUAUUUUAUUACACUUAAUUCAACUAGAAUACAAAAAGAGAACUGUUGAUCAUCAAUAUGCAACAUAUUUCUUUGAAUAUGUGGUAACAGAAUUAUUUAAAUUAAGAAAACUCUUGGAAGAUGAAAUGGAUAAUUAUACAGACCAACAAAAAAUAUAUAACUUUUCAUCAGAUCGAGUCCUCAGACUAAUUACAUUAUUGAAAAAUUUUAAUGAUAGUAAGUCAGGCAACCAGAAAUUUUGUUGUAUUAUUUUUGUAAAACGUAGAUUCACUGCUAAAGUAUUAUAUCAUGUUUUAAAGGAUGUACAUGCUUUUGAUGAAAGCUAUGCGUUUUUAUUGCCGGAUUAUAUUGUAGGUUUUAAUAAUAGUCCUUAUAAAAAUACUAAAGAAAUUUUAUGUAUUUCUAAAUGGAACAGAGAAGUUUUACAUAGAUUUAGAAAUGGGUUAACUAAUUGUGUUAUAGCAACAGAUGUUCUUGAUGAAGGGGUUGAUAUACCUGUUUGUACACUUGUAAUACGUUUUGAUCUUCCACUAGACUUCCGAUCUUAUAUUCAAAGUAAAGGACGCGCUCGUUAUUCAUCAAGUCAAUAUGCUAUCAUGUUAGAUAAAAAUGAUCACAAUUAUAUUAAGAAACACUUGCUAUUUCAAGAUAUUGAUAAGUCUUUACAAAAGUUUGUCUAUCCAUCUAUCUGUCUGACGAACUGUCUAUCUAUCUAUCUGUCCCUCCGUGUGCGCGCGAGUUCAUGCAUAUUAGUAGGAAAAUCUGAGUUACGUAAAGAACCCACUGCAAAGGAAAUUAAAGAUCAAUUAUAUUCUUAUACAAUUGAACCAUAUAUAGUGAAAACAAGUGAAAAUACCGAAAGUAUACUAACAGAACAAGCUGCAAUUAGUUUAAUAAAUAGAUAUUGCGGUUUAUUAUUGAAAUCGAAAUUUAUAUCUUUGUCUCCAGUUUGGAGAUUAUAUAAAAUUAAUGAGGAGAAGAAACUUUUUCAGGUCUCCCUUAAAUUGCCAAGUCUAUCUCCGCUUAAAGAAAUAGUGUUUGGAGAUGUUAUGUCUUCCAUAGAUGCAGCUAAAAGAUCUGCUGCUUUUAAAACUUGCAUAAAAUUACAUCAAAUUGGUGAAUUAUCAGAUAAUUUAAUGCCAUGUAUAAAUGUUAUAUCAGAAGAUACAAAUUAUCUUUUUCCAAAUUGGAUAGAUGAAGAUAUAAAAUCAAAUCCUGGUACUAAUAGAAGAAGAAGAUAUCACAAACUUAUGUAUCCAGAGCCAUUAUAUGGCACAUUUCCUUCAGAAGGAAUUACUUUAUAUCUUCAUAUUCUUUGCACUGAACCAGUAUAUUCAGUACCACAAGAUAAUAGAAAUUUAGUAUUUUAUAACUUGUUACGUGAUUCGGCUGGAUUUGGAAUACUUUCAACGAAAUCAAUUCCACAAAUUCCAUCAUUUCCUAUCUUCAUGAAUGUUGGAGAACUGAACGUUAAUGUUAAAGUUGACUAUGAAAAAAUGAUUUUAACUUCUGAAGAAAUUGAAGAAUUAAAAAUUUUUCAUACUACGAUAUUUAGUAAUAUUAUAUCUGUUAUUAAGCCAUUUAUGACUUUCGAUAAUGAUAACCUUGAUAAUUGUUUUCUUAUUGUACCAACUGAUAAGGAACAUAAAAUAAAUUGGAGUGUUGUUACAAAAUACAAAUAUAUCAAUUAUGUUAAGUCUUCUACACCAUUACAAAACGUUGAUUUCGAAUUAGCAUUAAUUGUUCCUGAUUAUAGAUUAUCUCCAAAUGUGUAUGUUGUCACACAAGUAUGCGAUGAUCUUGCACCAAAUUCAUGUUUUCCAACAAAUGAUUUUCUUACUUAUGCUCAUUACUACGAUCAAAAACAUGAGUUAAAAAUACGUGACUUAAACCAAUCAAUGUUAGAAGUAAAACCGAUUUCAACGAAAAUUAAUUGUAUAAAACCACGAAAUAUGAAGUCUGGUUUAAGUAAACGAAAACGUGCAGAUGCACUUGAAGAUUAUGACGAACAUUUAGUACCAGAAUUAUGCUGUAAAGUUGAAUUUCCUGCACUGUAUUGGCUUAAAGCAACUACUUUACCAUCCAUUCUUCAUAGAAUUUCGCAAUUGUUAAUUGCAUUAGAUCUAAGAGAGACGAUUUCUAAAGAGGCAAAUUUGGGUACUUCGCUGAGUGAUCUUUUAAAUCAUAUUUGGCCUCCUUUGAUCAUAGAUAUACAAGAAUCUGAAGCUAAAGCAGAACAGAUGUCAGAAGGUACAUUUGAUGAAAUUAUACAAACUGUACAGCCAAUAUUAGAUUUAAAUGGACCUGAAAUCGAUGUUCUUAAUACUGAUGCAAAUCUGUAUCCUUGGUCAAAAGAGGAAGAACCACCAGACAUAGAUAGAAAUGCUGAAAAUAUCCAAUUAAUUGAUAUUGAAUAUUAUAGUCAUUUUAUGUGUAGUACAGGUGGUCCAGAAGUGAUUUAUAAUCAACGUAAAGCCAAAAUAAUUAACUACAAAAGUAGGCCUAAAGUAACAGUACCACCUUUGAAAAUUCUAGAAGUAAAUGAUAAAAUAGGGCCAGAACCAAUAUUAAUUAUGCAGGCGCUAAUAACUAAUGGAAAUGACGUAUUUGAUCUAGAAAGAUUAGAAAUUUUAGGAGAUUCUUAUUUAAAAUUUAUUAUAUCUUUAUAUUUGUAUUCGAUUUUUCCAAAUUAUAAUGAAGGUCGUUUGACUGCACUUAAAGGAAAAAUGAUUGGAAAUCGAAAUUUAUAUUAUUGUGGCACCAAAAAGUCCAUCCCAGGAUGCAUGAAAGUCGAUGAUUUUAUACCAAUGAGCACAUUUAUUCCUCCAGCUUAUACAACAUUUCGCCCUUUACAAAAAAUUUUAUUAGAAGCUAAGGUAUCACCAAAUGUAUUAUAUGAACUAAACAUACCUGAAGAAGAAAGAUUUUCUGGAUAUAUAAGUGAAAAUACAAAAAGCGAAAUGCAAACGAAAGUUUUGAAUUGGGCUGCUGCUGAAACACAGACUGGUAUUGAGUAUUACAUAGGUGUACAAAUAGUUCCAGACAAAGCAGUUGCAGAUUGUGUAGAAGCACUAAUAAGUGUAUAUCUUAAAAGUAUGGGAAUGGUAGGAGCUGCAAAAUUAUUAAUAUGGUUUGGUAUUUUGCCUUCCUAUACUAACAUUAAUGAAUUAUUAUACUCUGUUACUCAAAAACCAGAAAUUAAUCCUGGAGAUCCAAAUGAUUAUAUGCCAUGGGCUGAAUCAAUAGAGAAAAGUAUGAAUUAUAAGUUUAAAAAUAGAGCAUAUUUGUUACAGGCUUUUACACAUCCAUCUUACACAGAAAAUACUGUAACAGAAGCUUAUCAAAGAUUGGAAUUUUUAGGUGAUGCUAUUAUUGAUUUUUUGAUAACAGGGUAUAUUCACGAAUAUUUGGGAUUAUUAAGCCCUGGUGAAGUUACAGAUCUCAGAUCUGCACUUGUAAAUAAUAUUACAUUUGCAUGCUUAGCUGUAAGAUAUGGUUUACAUACAGCUCUUUUAUCCUAUGCUCCAUACUUGAAUGAUGUUAUUGAUAGAUUCGUAAAGUUUCAAGAAGAAAGAAAUUACGUAAUUGAUAACGAGAAUCUCUGGAUUUUACUUGAAGAAGAAGAAUGUAGUAUGGCUGAAUAUGUUGAUGUUCCUAAAGUUUUAAGCGAUAUAUUCGAAUCUUUCAUAGGAGCCGUUUAUUUAGAUACUAAUAAAAAUAUUAAAGAAGUUUGGGAUUUGCUAUUUGCUCUUAUGAAUAAAGAAAUCGAUAUUUUUAGUAAAGAUGUUCCAAAGCAACCUGUGCGUUUAAUCUAUGAAUCACUAGGAUCAAAUGCAAGAUUUUUAUCUCCUACUUUAAUAGAUGGUACGAAUACUAUUAUGGUGUCUUUAGAAAUAAUAAAUAAAAGAAAAUCAAAAAUAUUUCAUGGAUUUGGCGCCAAUAAAAGGCAAGCUAAAUGUGCAGCUGCAAAGCAAGCAUUGAAGUUUUUACGUUGCAAAAAUGAAUGAAAUAUGAAUGUAUGAUCUUAUAUUUUGACAUUAACUGUUACAUUUUAUAAUCAUAGAUAAACAGGAAACUUUGUGACAAUUUUAACUAUAUAUAUAUCAUUCAUUUUUAUUGACACAAACUUUCUUAAUUAUCUAAUAAAUUAAAAAAUAAUUAAAAUAUAUGUUCAAUUAUAAAAAAAAUAUUCAUGUUCAUAUUAUAAAAAAAAAAAAUACAUGUUCACAUUAUAAUAAAAUAUACAUGUCGUUCGCAUUAUAAUAAAAGUAAAACAUAAAAUUAAAAUAGA